CGCAGUUCCGUUCUCUGUAAUAGGGUGACCGGGAGGAAGAACGCCGGUUAUAACCGAUGGUAACAUUGCCAGCUGACCCAUGGAUCCUGCUCCGCGUGUAGGCUGCAGCUGCCGUUAACCAACAACAAUACCCAAUAGUGGUCACCGGGAGGACUGAACCUUCAUACAAACUGCACGUAUAAUAAAGAAAGGAAAGAUCUGGCCAGCAGGUGACGUACAAGCCCCAACAACACAGGAUCACCACACCCCCUAAGACAGGUUGUAAGCCCUUGUCGACAGAAAACAACCAAGACACAAGAUGGCUCCAAAAAAUAAAGUAAUUAAAAAAAAUUUCAAUAAGAGAGCAUACCUCAAGGACAAAUUGAAAACUAACUUUGGGAGUCAACAGGAAGGUCAUGGCCGAGCAUAUCUUCAAAAGAAAGCAGUUGUACGCCAGUAUUUUCGACAGCAAAGGAGAGAGGAAGAAAAGCAUCGAAAGAAACUCCAAUUUCAACAGUCACCCAUUUUAACAAACUCCAAUAAAAUAGAUAAAUUUGGAAAUUUGGAUCUUGAAAGUGUAAGUGAUACACUGACAGAAGAAAUUACUGAUGCUGGACAGCCUGUCUCUUCUCAAGAAUUUCCGAAGAAGAGGUUGAAUAGUUGGCAGCGUGCUAGAGCAGAAUACCAUAAGAAAAUUUCAGAAAUAGAAAAAAUAAAAGAGGAAUCAGCUACAAGAAAAAAAGAAAUUGAGGAAGCAAAGAGAAAGCACAAAGAGAAGAGAUUGCAACGCUAUAAAAAAUUAAAUCAGAAAACUAAGAAAGGUCAGCCAGUUAUGAGUAGCAGGAUUGAACUAAUGCUUGAGCAGCUCCAAGGAGAAGUGGGCUAUAGUUAAGCAUCAAUAUCUAAUGUUCAGUCAAGUAUUGAGUGCUCAGGAAAUAUAGUGUAAUUUAGU